AUGGCCACGUCUCCUGUUCUGAAGGCCAUGUUGCAAUCGACCAUGAAGGAAGGCGCCAACAAGCGCGUUCAGAUCAAAGACUCCUCGAGCGCCGGGGUGUCGCUUUUCUUGGACAUGCUCUACACAACGGCAACGCGAACAGAUCCAGACUACAAGACCAUGCUGGUUGCCCUGGAUCUGGCCCAUCGCUGGCAGGUGCAGAACGUCAUGCCGAUUCUUGAGAGCGGGCUCUUCGCCAUGCUAACCGUCGACAGCUUCGUGUCGAUCGCGGAGGCGGCGGCCCUGAAAGGGAUGGAGAAGCUGCAGCGGACCUGCGCGGCCUUCGGGGCGAAGAACACACAAAUCCAGGACAUGCUGAAGAAGGGCUCGCUGCCCGCCGUGGUCUGCCAGCUCCUCGGCCAGCGCGCGGAAAUGAGCCCGGAGCAGCACAUGGUGAUUUUGCUGGACCUGGGGCAGAACAUCGUUCUCAACUUCAUCGUGGCGCCGCCGGUCUUCACUUGCUGGCUUUAA